AUGGCGACUGCAACAGUGUUUCGGGCAGACAAUUUUGAGUACGACAGAGACAGAGACUGGCUUGGAUCAGGUGCCUUUGGCGACGUCUAUAAAUGUUGUCUGAAAAAUUCUGGUCAACAAGUUGCCAUAAAGGUACUCGUGACGCCGAAAACACUGAAAUCUAGUGAGGAAGAGACUUUUCUGCUCGAAGUAAGCAUUCUUAGUCUACUGACAGAGUGUCCUCAUGUCAUUCGAUUACUGGGUCUAUGCAUUGAUCCCGGCAAUUACGCGAUUGUAAUGGAAUAUGUGGAAAAUGGAGAUUUGGAGGACAUGUUGGUGUCAGAGAAAAGUCGACAUCGUGAAGUCAUCAGACAACAGAGCUGUCGACUGAAGAUGAGUUUGGAAAUUGCAAAAGGGAUGAACUUCUUGCACAGUCUCAACCCUCCAAUUAUACACAGAGACUUGAAGACAUCCAACGUGCUAGUUGAUCACAAUUACUCUUGCAAGAUUAUAGACUUUGGGUUGUCAACAAUGAGAGAAAUUACGAGACAGUCAGCAUCACAAUCUCGUAGCUCAAAGGGGGGAGGAACUGUUGCCUUUAUUGCACCAGAAGUAUUUGAGGACAAUGUAGCGAGGGGACAAGAAACGAAGAUUGAUGUUUAUUCGUACUCUAUCAUUUUGUGGGAAGUGAAAGAAAUGAAGCGUGUUUAUGUUGGAAGUCAAAUUGAUUUGAUUCGUGCAAAUGUUGUGGCUAAUGUGAGACCUAAAUUGAGUGACGAUGACUGCAGUAAAGGCUUUCGAAACUUGAUUAUUCGAUGUUGGGACGGUCUGCCUAAGGUCAGGCUAUCCUUCCAAGAAAUAAUUACAACGUUUGAAGGGAUCAUGGGACAGACUUCUGUGUCAUUGAAUCAAACCAGUCAUGACGUUGUUUUAAGUGCUGACAAUCCAGUUACUGAAGUACAAGCUGAAAAAGUGAUUGAUAGCACUUCUGUUCAACCAGUCGAUCAUACAAGUGUUUCAUCAUCAUUAUCAAUGGUGCUUGAAAGUCAGUCUGUUAAGAAGUCAAAUGCAUGGUCAAAACCUGUUUGCACAUUUUCUAAGGUUGUGACACGUUUAGAUGAAAAACAAACUGACAUGCAGAAGAGCAUUCCAAGCUCUAAGAACGUGAGAAGAGACACUUGGAGAAAUAGAAAGUUCGCGACGCGCAUAUUUAGAAUAGACACCGAAUUACUGGGAGACAGUGCUGCAGUGAUGCUACAAACUGCACAACCUCCGAUGAAUGUUCCGCGUGGGAAACCAUUUUCACCGUAUUAUAGAAUUACAGGAAUGCAGACGACAAAUGUGAAAUUGCAAUGGUCUACACGUGCUCUGCAUCUACCUGAAAUUUUGGAAGCUGCGAAGGAGGUAUUGACUGAUAUACGGCUUGAAGCAGAUGACGAAGGAAGUACACAUCGUUUACAGAUGGACAUUUGGCUACAUCUCGGGCGGCAACUUAUUUUCAAUGUGACAGAUAGUAAGUUCUCGUGUGAGGCAAGCUCCAACUUUUCUGUUGGGAGUGUGUUAUCGAACGUGAGAAAACGGAAAGGAGGCAGCAAGUGGAUCAAGCAAUUCAAAGCGGGAUUGCAAGUUCCAGAUAUGGUUUCCUUCAAUCAGUUUCUCAAUUAA